AUGGCCUCCUACAAACAACUGUUUUCUCCGUUGACGUGCCAUUCACUAACGUACCGCAGUGCCGAAUUUCUCCUGGUCGAUUUCGAUAAGAAAGGAGAAAUACCUUCUUUGAAAUUUCCUAUGAAUAGCCUCGAGCCGCAAGUCAUUCGUAUAACGAAUAAUCACCCCACUGAGGCAAUGUGUUUACAGGUUUUCCCUCCCCUUCCAAGGGAUGCUUGGGAUAAACCAUUUGGGCAUCAUAUUUGGUCAACGAUCACAAAUGAGUGGUUUCUUGAGAUUGAUGGUUGGCAAUUUGAUAGUCGUCUUUCGGAAUAUCCCCGUAAUCGUUGCAAAAUCUACAAGUUGAAGCCGGGAGUGACCAAAGAGAUGAAAAUCUAUGGACGUCAUGUCCAACAAGGAAAUUAUGGUCUAAAAUUAUACGGAUGGAUCAAAGGCAUGAGAAUCGCUGAUCAAGUGAUGGUAGCUUGUCAAAAAUAUGGCAGACCUUUGGGUGCUGGUAAGAAACCAAUAACUGCUUCCGAUUGUCACGCAAUGGAUUUCGCUGCAUUUUGUGAACUCCAGGCUAGCAUUGAUGACGUGGCGCUUCAAAUUGACGCAGGCGUGGUUGUGCCAGUGAUGCCGAUCAAACAGUACAUUUUUGAUGUACUCGACAAGCUCUUGGAAGCUCCGCAAGACGACGACGUGGCAUCAUCUUUCUUACGUUCAAGUACAAUUGUUUCGUCAUCUUCUUCUUCAACAGCUUCCAUUACUUCUGACGCUUCUUUUGAUGCUUCACUUCAAUCUUCAACUUUGCAUGAAGAAUUAAAUGAAACGAUUUCUUCCAUCACUUCACCCGUUUCAACUACAUCUUUAUCGCUUUGCGGCUAUGGUUUGAUUGAUUCCACUGCUAUGGUACAGAACACCCCCGCAAAAUCCACCAUUGCUGCCGUUAAUUGUCAAAAGCGCCGUCACGGUGAUCUGUUUCGAGAUAGCUUCAAUGAUAUCACGGAAGAUCAGUUUAUUUCCGAUGCCGAUCAACCAGGCCCGUCAAAUAAGAGAAUUUAUCAAAAUGAAGACAAUAGUAAUGAGGACUACAUGCUGAUCGACUUCAUUGAUACAUCAACGCCUCAAGCCCGUGCUCACGAAAUUGGAUUGAAUGAAGAAAAUCAAGAUAAUCAAAAAGAGAAAAAUGAUGAGAACGAUUGUCCUAAAUGCUACAAAACAAUGUCUGGAAAGGGGUGUUUGCAGUGCCAAGACGGAUGUCGAAAAUGGUGGCAUACGAAAUGUUUUGAUAGUACAUUGCACCAUCUAGCUGGUCCAGCAAAAGCUCGAGGACGGGAUGGAAAAUUUCUUUGUGCCGCCUGUCGAGAAGGACUCUCAAGACAAGAUGACGACGAAGAAAAUCAAAAUGUCGCUCGACCCUCGAAGCGCAACAAGGGCCAU